AUGUCGUGGCUCUUCGGUUCCUCUAGCGAAAAGAGCACUCCUGCCCCGGCCGAGACUCAGGCCCAGAAGCCCGCUGAUUCCGAGAAGCCUAAGCCCUGCUGCGUUUGCAAGACCGAAAAGACCGCCCGUGAUGACUGCAUGCUAUUCUCCAAGUCUGAUGAUCCCGCAAAGGAGUGCCAGUCCACGAUCGACCAGUACAAGAGCUGCAUGGCUGGCUUCGGGUUCAAGGUCUAG